CUGUGGGCAUGCCACGAGAAAGUUGGAGACAGGUCAUCGUGGUUCGAAAAGUUUCGGUGGCAAAGACCCUAAGAUAAGAGUGACAGCUCUUCAUAGCUCCUGGUGCACUCCUGGAGGCGAGAAGAGAAUCAAGUCAAGCGCAACUAUCUUGUGAAUGAUUGAGUGGAGUGCACAAAGUUUCCCGUGGCAAUCUGUUUUUGGCAGCCUCGAUCUUCUGAGGUCAAAAGGAGAAUUUGACACAAACGAUCGAGGGACAACCAAUCCUGUUCUCCAUCCAUUUAGGCACUGGAGAAAGCGAGCAGAUGAGAUGCUGAACCGAACUGUCCAUGGGAAGAAGUCCACGAAGUCCGAAUGGGACCAUUCAACUAAAACAUAGCGAAAACAAAGGGAGAUAAGAACCCAUUGACGGUUUCUCCAUCUUGGUCAUGCUUCGUCGAGCACACCCGUUCUAAUAGCCUGUUGAACUUGCACCCAGCUUAUUUCGAGUUCCAUAUGACGUUGGCUCCACGAGGUAUGGAGGAAACAGGGGAAGUACGUCAGACAAUAUCUGACAAUCGUAUCCACUUGCAAUUACUGGGUCAGACCCAGCCUGAGCUUAGAUUCGUCUGCACUGAGACACCUGAGGCGAGUACCGGGGAGAAUAAUGUUCACCGUUAUGUGAAGCAAAAAAGAUCACAUGCAUGGUCAGAUACAGAGUGAAAGUUCUCUUGCUGCACAGGCCUUAUGUCAGAACAGAGUAACAAGGAUGGAGAAUUGUAAAAUCUUGUAAAAGGUUAAAGAGGAACAUGUAGUUCAAUUAGUAGAUUUCAGUCAUCUUGUGAUGCUCAGAAUGCCGAGGACAGAUGAUCGUCGAGACUUGCGUGAAGGAAAUAUACUUGCUCACAUUCGAAUACGCCUAUGUGCUCAUGGUGUGUACCGAGAAUUUUCUGAACUUUCGAAAGGCUGAAACGCCUCUCUGCAUCACCAACUGAAUGCAGACUAAAGACUCCGAGAUGCUAACUGAUUGUAGAUUUAAGAACUUAUCUGAAAUGAGGAGAUUGAGAAUGUUGACAUGCGGC